CCGGAGGGUCGAUCGGCCUAUUCGCGCGUAAGCGCAGCUUUGUUGGUCGGCGAGCGCCGUUCUGUCAGUAUCGUUUUGUGCGUUCGUUUUUUAUUUAUCCUUUUUGUUCCAUAAAUUCAAGGUUUCGAAUCGUUACGUUUCGCGUAAUUUUAGGUCGUGAUUGGUUCGCGUAAGAAACAUUAUCGUUUGAUGGGAAAUUGACACAUUGUCAGUUCUCGAUUGAUUUAUAGAUCGAACCGGUGCGAGUUUCUAACCAUUAUGUAAAUUAAAGAUUGGAUUAAUUUUUUCGUGUUUCUUUUUAUGCAUUUAUCUUUUAUGUCGGGCGAGAAAUGAGCAAGAAGAUCGAAUAAGGACAAUGUAUAUAUAUAGUUAACAAAAAUGGAAUAAGAUCCCAGAAUUCAGUUCGACGUCGGUCCUUGUCAUCCUUUCACGGUCUUAACUCUUUCAAACAGUAUUUGAAUGGCAUCUAUCGGUUAAUAUAUAGAUCUAAACGAUAUUCCAAUCAAUUAAUAUCAUCCCUGCGAUUCUCUACUAUUCGAUCCACGGGUGCACUGUACGUCAAGAAUUUCGUCGAGCCAUUCUCCUUGCACCUGAUUCAAGGUUGUAAAUAGUUCUUAGGACCACAGGGAACAUGUUGGCACGCCUGUUCGAGAUCCAUGGCCGGUUUUGCGCCGGUCAUCCCUUGGAGGUGAUCGUGACGACCUUCACGCUCACAGCGUGCAUUUUGAACAUGGAGACCGGAAGUGGACAACCGCGAAACGGGGCACUUCCAGUGGCUGCACACUGCCAAUCCGGAAGAUGUAAUUCGGAUGACCUAAACGCAGCUGACGUUAUAGUCAUGACUAUAAUAAGAUGCCUAGCAAUACUGUUCACCUAUCAUCAGUUUCGCAAUCUGCAAAAGUUGGGUUCAAAAUACAUUUUAGGUAUCGCGGGUCUAUUCACCGUCUUCUCCAGCGUGGUGUUCACGUCCAGCGUGGUGAACUUUGGGCGCAGUGACAUAUCCGAUUUGAAGGACGCGUUGUUCUUCUUCCUGCUCAUCAUCGACCUCUCCAAGGCAGUUAUACUAGCUCAACUAGCGCUGAACUCCCGCAAUCAGGACGAGGUGAGAGCAAACAUAGCUCAAGGGAUGUCUCUGCUGGGACCAACCAUCACGUUGAACACAUUAGUUGAGACUCUGUUGAUCGGGAUUGGAUCUUUAUCCGGAGUACGAAGAUUGGAAAUCCUCUGCAGCUUCGCUUGCCUGGGAGUGGUCGUUAAUUACAUAGUCUUCAUGACCUUCUACCCCGCGUGUUUGUCGCUUAUUCUCGAGCUUUCUCGCGGAACGCACGGCAUGAAACCGUUGAGCGCCGACAAGAUCUUCAUGCAUCCGCUGAACGAGGAGGAUCAAAAGCCGAAUCCGGUAGUGGAGCGCGUCAAGUUGAUCAUGAUCGCCGGUCUAUUUGUGGUGCACGUUCACAGUCGUUGGCCGUUCAAGAACGACGAAAAUGGCUACACGGUGGAAGGUAAGAUGUCCCCCGCGAGCUCUAACAUUGUAGCGGACACGUACAACAAGACGGAGAACCAAACGGAAGUGAAGGAGUAUUUGAUGAACUGGCUGUCAGUGAGCGCGGACAAUAUCGUCAUACUGAUACUUCUUCUCGCGCUGGCGAUUAAGUUUAUCUUCUUCGAGGACAAGGGCGACAUCGCCAAGCAACUACGGUUCAAGGAGGAAGACGACACAGAGAUGAAAGUUGAAAGUGAAUACACCGCCACAGAGAACAUGAACACGUCGUUGCGCCAACGAUUCGGAGAAACGCUCCCCGAGGUGCGAUCCGCCAUUUUCCCUUUGUCAGGAGUAGGCGGAAACUGGAUCGAGGACAACAACGAAUCUCAGACGGAGUUCACCGACAAAGAGGUGCAAACCGACGGGAGGCAGUUCAGCGUGGACACGUCGAACAGUGAAUGUUCCUCUCCUCGAUCAAAAGUUCCUAGAUCGUUAGAAGAAUGUCUCGAAAUAUACAAAUCAGAACUUGGAGCAACUGCGUUGACCGAUGAGGAAGUUAUUCAGUUGGUCAAGCACAAGCAUAUAGCAGCCUAUCAGUUGGAGAAGGCUGUUGGAGAUAUGGAGCGCGGCGUUGGAAUCAGACGCCUCAUAAUUGGAGAGGCUGGAAAGUUUAUCGACGAUUUGAUUGAUCUGCCAUAUAAACAUUAUGAUUACAACAAAGUGCUUGGAUCAUGCUGUGAGAAUGUUGUAGGAUAUGUACCAGUGCCGCUUGGUAUAGCUGGUCCGUUGUCUAUCGACGGUGAAUUGUAUCAUGUACCGAUGGCGACCACCGAGGGAUGCUUGGUAGCGUCCACCAAUCGUGGGAGCAGAGCAUUGUUGAAGUGUGGCGUGACGAGUCGCGUGGUGGCCGAUGGAAUGACCAGAGGACCGGUCGUCAGGUUCCCGAAUAUCGUCAGAGCCAGCGAGGCCAUGGCGUGGAUGCAGGACCCGGAGAACUUCGAGGAGAUGCAGAAUAAUUUUAACUUAACCAGUAGAUUCGCAAGACUGACCAAGCUCCAUGUACGCAUCGCUGGCAGGCAUUUAUUUAUUCGUUUCGUGGCGACCACUGGCGACGCCAUGGGAAUGAACAUGUUGUCCAAGGGCACGGAGAAGUCGCUGAACACAGUGAAGGGACAUUUCCCUGAUAUGGAGAUACUGUCGUUGAGCGGUAACUUCUGCACGGAUAAGAAACCGGCGGCUGUGAAUUGGAUCCAGGGUAGGGGUAAAAGUGUAGUCUGCGAGGCGGUGGUACCCUCAGACAUCGUCACCAAUGUGCUGAAGACGUCUGUCCACGCAUUGGUGGACGUGAACAUAAGUAAAAAUAUGAUCGGAUCGGCGGUGGCUGGUAGCGUGGGUGGUUUCAACGCCCACGCCGCGAAUAUUGUAACGGCAAUUUUUAUAGCCACUGGCCAGGAUCCUGCACAGAACGUCGGCAGUAGUAACUGCAUGACGUUGAUGGAACCUUGGGGAGCGGAUGGUACGGAUUUGUACGUGUCUUGUACUAUGCCCAGUAUAGAGAUAGGCACCAUUGGUGGAGGAACCGGUCUCCCUGCUCAAGGAGCGUGUUUAGCUAUGUUGGGUGUCAAAGGCGCCAACGUUGACGUGCCCGGUGAAAAUGCGAGUAGAUUAGCUAGAAUCGUAUGCGCUACGGUACUUGCCGGUGAAUUGUCACUGAUGGCUGCCCUUACAGCUGGACAUUUAGUCAAAAGUCAUCUUAGGCACAAUAGAUCGUCCACCAUGGUGACGAAUGCAAUGAUCGCUCCUCAGAGCCAUGUGGGAAAUACACUGACCGUGCCAAAUGUUUUAGAGCCUGUACAAAGUAUUUGUAAAGAGUUUAAAGAGAAAUGUUAGCGUCGAUGGUACAUAAAAUUGGUUCCGGAUCAACGUCUCAGUAGAAUGGACGGCCGCUUACGACGUAAUAUUCCAAAGAAAUAUUUUUCGUUCAUGUUCGUGAAAAGAUCUAAUACCAAAACGCAA